GAGCAUAUCGGAGUUGUCGUUCUUACUAGAAAUCUUCACUAGAAGGUAAUAAUCCUCAAAGCCCACCCAAAAUGGCGAGAAGGGUAAUGACGCUUGCCUUUCUCGAUAUUUUUAAAUGAUGACAGUGAAAAUAUGAAAGCAAGGGAAUCGUCCAUCAUCUUCCGAGUUUUUUGUCUGAAAACGUCAGUUUUUGGGAUUGUCCUGUCUAAGCCGUAUACCCAUUGUCUGAUGUCGUUGGAUUAUCAAUACUGUAAUUGAUACAGCACAAACACAAUACGUGAUUAAUAUUGUGGAAAAAUCAUAUAUAUAUAGUGACAGAAAUUUAACGGUUAAUACAUCAUACUUCUUAUAAACCAAAAAGGUUUUAGAAAUUGAUCAAGAACAAUGAGGGAGUAUAAGGUUGUCGUGUUGGGGAGUGGCGGUGUGGGUAAAAGUGCGCUGACAGUUAAAUUUGUGUCCGGAACAUUUAUGGAGAAGUAUGACCCGACGAUUGAAGACUUCUACCGGAAGGAAAUUGAAGUGGAUUCAGCGCCUUCAGUUUUGGAAAUCCUGGACACAGCUGGAACUGAACAAUUUGCGUCAAUGAGGGAUUUGUAUAUAAAGAAUGGACAAGGAUUUGUUAUUGUUUACAGUAUAACAAGCUUACAAACUUUCCAAGAUAUCAAAUCCAUGAAAGAACAAAUUAUGCGAGUGAAAGGGAUUGAAAAUAUUCCAAUGAUAUUAGUGGGAAAUAAAGCUGACUUGGAACAUCAAAGGGAAGUGCCGUCAAAGGAAGGUGCAACAUUAGCUCAAAUAUGGGGAUGUCCGUUCUUAGAAACCUCGGCCAAAAAUACUCAAAAUGUCAAUGAAGUUUUCAUUGAAAUUGUACGGGAGAUGAACACUAGUCCAGUGAAGGAAAGCAACGGAUGCUGCUGUAUAGUUUGAAAACAGUGACCCAGACCUGCUCCUAUGGCAUUACAGUUUUCACCAGCUUUCUGAGCUCUUCAACACACGAUGGGGACGUAGCAGGGAAGGCCACUCUGGGAUGGGGACGUAGCAGGGAAGGCCACUCUGCGAUGGGGACGUAGCAGGGAAGGCCACUCUGCGAUGGGAACGUAGCAGGGAAGGCCACUCUGGGAUGGGAACGUAGCAGGGAAGGCCACUCUGCAAUGGGGACGUAGCAGGGAAGGCCACUCUGCGAUGGGAACGUAGCAGGGAAGGCCACUCUGCAAUGGGGACGUAGCAGGGAAGGUCACUCUGCGAUGGGGACGUAGCAGGGAAGGCCACUCUGCAGUACUGCACACAUAUUCUUGACUGUCUAUUGCUGUCUAGUACAGGACAUCACUGUUGACUGUCUAUUGCUGUCUAGUACAGGACAUCCCUGUUGACUGUCUAUUGCUGUCUAGUACAGGACAUCCCUGUUGACUGUCUAUUGCUGUCUAGUACAGGACAUCCCUGUUGACUGUCUAUUGCUGUCUAGUACAGGACAUCACGGUUGACUGUCUAUUGCUGUCUAGUACAGGACAUCACUGUUGACUGUCUAUUGCUGUCUAGUACAGGACAUCACGGUUGACUGUCUAUUGCUGUCUAGUACAGGACAUCACUGGUGAUGAUCCAGCUUGGUGUUUUGAAGAGAAAACAAACUAUUUAUGGAACUGUGAAACAUGCAUAGUGACUUCACACCAAAAUCUUAGAUAUUACUCUGAAUCAUUUUACUGCUGACCUGAAAUCAAAACAACUAUAGUCUUUGUCAAAGUAUAAACUUGUUUUGUUUAAUAUUUGGAGGUUACUACUAAAGGGAGAUAAUGUUUAAUAUUUGAAGGUUACUACUAAAGG